AUGUCUCAGCACCAGGAUUCUAGUGCAGACACUAGUGGAUCUUCCGAAUCUACGGGCGAGAGAAUUUGGCUGUCGGGUCGAGACGCUCCUCCAAAACCGGACUCUUACUUCAAGGAGACUUUUGAACCGUCCAGCGAUUCUGGGGCCCCAUCCUUCAGCGUUUAUAUCGACUACUCGAAGUUUUCAGAGCUGGACGACAUUUCUGACGAAUCUGAGCCUCGAGAGCCUCGCGCGCCCCAUUCGUUGAAACAGAGCAGUUUGGAGAAUGUUCCACAGUCGAAAGUGGCCGCAUCAGCGUCAGCUCCAACUAGGAAUAUCGCAAUAAACAGAAACGAUCACGAUUUCCCAAGUCCCAAUAUACCAGCACGUUUCCAGAACCAAAGCUCCGAUACCGUCAAUACAGACGUAAUUGUGGGAUCCAGAAAAAUAUCCGACGGAACAAAUCGCGUUCUGAGCGUUGACAGUUCCAAUCGAGAUUCCACCAACGAAGAUAGCUGGGGAAACAAUUUGCCCCUAAGGUCUUCAAAGUACAAACAAUAUGACCACGAUAGAGAUAGCCGAAGAACAAUUUCCACUUCAAUGUUGGAGUAUGACAGUUUACGAAGGUCGUCCAAUAUGUCGAAACCGGAUGCUAGAUCGUCUUCUCAUUAUGGUGACGAAAAUGUGGCCAAUGCAGACCCAUCGACGCCUCUCGCACCGAUAUAUCACGAAUCGGAUGAGGUUAGUGACGAGGACUACGAUCACGAAAAACAUUCGAAUCCUUCUAUUGAAGAAGCCGUCAGACUUUUCAGACAGGAGGCGUCUUUUGUUCCUGUUGUACAAUUAGCCGAUCCAAGAACGGCCAGUGCGCCAUUACGUUCAGUCUCCAAGAAACCCUCACAAGGCUCUCUGCAGAGUCGCGUAAGCGAUCAGACCUCACGAUUUUCUCAAACGCGCAAGACGAGACGUGGCCCGGUAAAUUCAUCUCUCCUCAGUUCUAUUUUGGUGGCACCACAUCCCAAAAUGACCAACCCAAAGCCUGUUCUUAGAAACGCGCCUCCAGAGAUACCUGCGCUCCGCAAGCCGUCCGGUAUUACAAGCAACUCAAAGCAGUCGAGUCAAGAAAAGAACAAAGAGACCACAGGGCAAGAAAAACUACAACAGCAAAUACCCUCGGACGCUCCUCCUGAGAAAACCAUAAAUCCCUAUCGGAACAUUGAUGAUGACAGUCUGCAGCAAAUAUAUCAAUACCGCGAUGUUAUGGCGGUUAAAGACCUGGAGAAAGAGGUAUUUUACGAAAAAUACAUUGAUACGCCAUCAACGUCUUCCAAUAAGUCAAUGGAGGGAGAAUUCAGAAAGCUUUUCAGUGUAUCAAGAGUUCUACUACUAUUGCUGAUAUGCACCCUAAUACCACCGUUGUAUUUUAUCAUUGGUAUAGAACGAAACUGUUUGCCCGACAAAAAGCUGAUGAAAAUGAUUAUGAAUGAAGAACAUCGAAAUGGCGUUGCAGCAGGCUUUUUAUGGGACGUGAACCUGCGAUGGUUUAGGAAUUUAUGCUUCAUGCUAGGGAUCUUAGAGAUUCUGAUAAUUCUAGCCUGCGUAGGAGUUGGAUUUGGAGUUGGACUAUCGCGUCAAUGA